AUGUUUGCACCAGUUAAUACUCAAGAUCCUUCCGUUAUAGACGAAACCAAGUCCUCUUCUACGUCCAUUGAAGAGAGUUAUGACGACUUAAUUUCAAGACACAAAAAUGAACGUAAACAACUUAUAUCCCGCAUAACAGCAUUGAAAAAGUCUGCAGGGAAUAAGAAACGUAAAAAAGAAAUACAAGCUGAAGUCGCAAAGUUAGAAAAUGAUCUUCAAGAAAGACACAAGCAAGAAAUAAAGGAACAUCAAAUGAAGUAUGGAGUCAUGAAUGAAGAUAAGAAGAAAGAGGACAACAACAGUGAUCAAGAUGAAUCAAAUGAGGAUAUUACUGACAUACUAUUGGCCAGAAUAAAUGCCAAGCAAGUAGAAGAGUCACCAAGACAACCAGCACCUCCUCCUCAGCAAGAUAGAAGGAAAAAACAAAGUCGUCGACAGAGACGUCAGGAACGCAGACGCUUAGAAAUGCAAGAUCAAGAUUCGGACGAAGCAGCUGACCAGGUGAAUAAACAAGAAAUUGAGAAAAAUGCCAUGGCAGAAUUAACAAAAAGCAUGGGAUUAACUAUUAAAGAGAUUGCUCCAAAUGGCCACUGCUUGUAUAAUGCAAUUUCAGAUCAGCUGCUUUUACAACACAAUAUUCCUAUCGAUUACAAACAACUUCGGGGAAAAGUGGCGGCAUAUAUGCGCGAAAAUUCUGACGAUUUUCUACCAUACUUGGCAUCACAAACGGGGGAAAUUUGCAGCAAAGAACAAUUCGAAGAGUAUUGCAAUGGAAUAGAAAACACAGCAGUCUGGGGUGGAGAUCUAGAGAUUUCAGCGAUUGCAAAACUGUACAAAAUCCCUAUUCAUGUAGUACAAGUCGGUGCUCCUUUGUUGAAAUUUUCAGAUGACGAGUUUCGAGAUAAAGAACCAAUUUUUCUUUCAUAUCACAAGUAUAUGUAUGGACUAGGGGCUCAUUAUAACUCGUUAAACAAAUAUUGA